AUGAGUCCAACAACAGAACUUGCCAGCAGCAACGCGAAAACAACAAUAACGACGGAUAACGACGGACAACAACAACAUCACGCCGACAGAUCUAGUCCUCUUACGCCUCACAACAGUUCUCAGGAAGACCAGCCUCAAGUCUUUGACUGGUCAGACAUUGACUACAGUGACCGUCCCCUCGUUCAGUCGAUCUUGUCCAAGAUCGAGCAGCUCGACGAUGCUGAGCGGAUGCAGCGACAGAUCAUUGUUCUGAUAUCUGACAAGUUGUCACCUAUGCUAAAGUAUCAUGCCGAGCUGAUCUCGGAGAUAUUGCGUGUUCUACCUGGAGUCGAGAAUGCACCUGCCCAAGCCCACGAUGACAACUGUGGUGAACAUAACAGCGAAGGCGACGACUGCUCAUCAUCCUCGACGGGCGAAAUCAAGAGUAACCUAGACAAUGAUGAUGCAAGGGGCCACGGCGCUCGAGUUCUGUCUGUCGUUUUAUCGCCGAAAUCAGACUCCAACAACAUCGAAAUGCUUGCAGAGCCGUUCCACUUGGAUCUUUUCGACAGGAUGAAUCUGGCAGAGAUACAAGUUGCGGCAUCGCCUGCAAGCAUUCGGUCCCGGCUGGUACUAGAUGAUUCGUGGGCUUGUCUGAGCAAUCGUGUCAGGGAACCACGAGGGACCGAUGCGGUCAAGGUGUAUUAUGUGCAGAUGCUGAGGAACGAAUGCUGUCGAAUGGAGGACAUUCUCGCCUGGGUGACCGAUCUAGCCCCAGAUGGAACAGGACCAUUGGAGUUAUAUGUGGUGAUGGAGCAACCGGAGGCGGAAUUGCAUGGUGUUGCAGUGAAGAUCCCAGGCAAGGUCGUUUUUAUUGUGUCCAAGGAUCGGGAAGUGAGACCCAAGUCUGUUGCGUUAAAGACGAAUGUCCACUGGCUUGACCGGAUGUUUAUGAGGGCGGGAUACACGGAAGAGUGGGUGCGGUCAAGUUUGAUCCCGCUGUACAUUCAGCUUCCUAGAGAAGAUGCAGAUGUGAACUUGGAGGGACAGCGACCAGAGUCGAGGUACCGAGGAACUACGAUCCAUUUGACAGGGAAACGACCAGAGGAGGCAUUGGUACGAGUGAAAGUGCGACAGGGUUGUGGCGGUGAUUUUCUUGAGGAGAGUGUGUUGAUGGAGCUAGAGCGGACCAAAUUGUUUGAGAUGCAGGCGAUCCGGAAGCCGUCCUUUCUUGAGCGCCUGGAAGUAUUGUCGCUGAGCGACAGUGGGCAGGACGGACUUGGCGGUGGUGUUGCAGGCUCUGGAGGCGAUGGUCAUCCUGGUGAUGAUGAAGAGGAGUCGAACCCCUUUAUGUAA